GCACAAAGUGCAAAGUGAGAGAGUCUCGAGGGUAUUUUAAUUGUUAGAGAAUCUAGAACCACAUUUAGUAUUUUGACCAGUGUCAAAUAAAGGCCUUCUAACUAAUCAGUCUAGUUUGAAAUUAAUUGAUUAGUCGCAAUUGAUCGAACAUAUUGCCCACCUGACCAGCCCAAUUGAGUUUUAGGUCUGACGAUACACGUUUGUUUAAAAUUCGCAGUCUCUCAUAACCAGGAUGGUUAUCAUUUCGAUUAAUGCGGGUACUGAACUUUUUCCUGCAAACUGUUCAAAAAAUAGUAAUCUUGAAGUCACAGAGGACACACAGACAACACCUAUGUUAGCUGAAAAUAUAAUGGAUGAUAUGGAACUUGUGCAAAACGAGAAUGAGCUUGAAGAAAAUAUCGAGGAUAAUAUCGUUUUAGAAUUGGUUUUUGAUUCAAAAGGAUACCUUUUCGAAGAGGAACCUAAUUUUGUUCGACGAUUGCAAAAUUUUUGUUUGUUUUAUGUGCAAUAUCAUAGAACAAAUUACGGUAGAAAUUCUAUUAUAAAUAGACUAUGUCGCGAAUCUAACUUAUACUGUGACAGUUUGGACUUUUUUGGAGUUAUAUAG